UGGACUCGCACUGCACCCACGCGGCAUGGGGAGCCGCCAGUGCAGGACCCUUGUGUGUGACCUGGGCAGCGUUGGGCUCCCUUCAAGGACACGGAUGUGGAGUUUCAGAAGCAACAUGGCUGACAGCAAGGCCAAGGCUGCCAAGGCCGCCAACAAGACGCCCCCCAAGUCCCCAGGGGACCCCGCAAAGGACAGAGCGGCCAAAAGGCUGUCGCUGGAGACGGAAGGUGCCGGCGAAGGGGCGGCCGCCGCGGCCCCGGAGCUCAGCGCCCUGGAGGAGGCCUUCCGGCGCUUCGCCGUGCACGGGGACUCCCGGGCCACCGGGAGGGAGAUGCACGGCAAGAACUGGUCGAAGCUGUGUAGGGACUGCCAGGUCAUCGAUGGGAAGAACGUGACUGUCACUGACGUGGACAUCGUCUUCAGCAAAAUCAAAGGGAAAUCCUGCCGGACCAUCACAUUUGAGCAGUUCAAGGAGGCGCUUGAAGAGCUCUCCAAGAAGAGAUUCAAAGACAAGAGCAGCGAGGAGGCCGUCCGCGAGGUGCACAGGCUCAUCGAGGGCAAGGCUCCCAUCAUCUCGGGGGUGACGAAGGCCAUCUCGUCGCCCACUGUAUCCCGGCUCACAGACACGACCAAGUUCACGGGCUCCCACAAGGAACGCUUCGACCCAUCAGGCAAGGGCAAGGGCAAGGCGGGCCGUGUGGACCUGGUGGACGAGUCUGGCUACGUGCCGGGCUACAAGCACGCGGGCACCUACGACCAGAAGGUGCAGGGUGGCAAGUAGCCAGCCCAGGGGCGCCCCUCCUGCUGGGGCCCGCGCCACCUCACACUUCGUUACAUUCCUGUGCUCCCCGGGCAGAACUCAAGACUGGGGCCCGGGGGGGGCGGGGCCCGGGGGGGGCGGUCAGGCCUCGUCCUGCCCGGGCCUGGCGUGCUUCUCUCUGACCCCCAGGUGGGGCCCCCGAACUCACUGACCGUUUCUAACACACCUGCCUCGUCCAGUGCUGGCCAACAACAAAUGGCCUUUUCCAGAGCGUCUCCUGGGACCAGACCACACUAGCCACCUGACUUACAGGCAAAAGGCGCCUUUGAAAGAGGCCGGUGGGCCACGGGGGGUGAGCGGGACAGACCCUGUCAGAGGUGUGCCACCCCCCGACCUGCAGACCCCUCCCCGGAGCUGCAGGGGCAGCACGAGCUAACACACUAACCAGCAGCACCAAGAAACGGAAGUGAGCUGCUAACAGGACACUGUGCGGGUGUCGGGAAGUGGGACAGGCGCUUGCACGUGCACACACACACACGCACAUUCACGCACAUGCUUGCACGCGCACGCUCACCCACCCACACGCACACCACCCAGGCUUGCACAUGCAACAUGCUCGCACACACUCACGCACAAGGACACACGCGCACACACUUGCACACCCACACGUACACACGUCUUGUAACCGGAGGCUGGUGAGCGAGGGAGGAAGGUGAGUGAGUGAAAGGAGCUCCUCAGUGACCAACGGAGCUCGGUUUGAAGCGCAGAGCUUGAAGCUGUCGAAAUGGACGCUGAGGACAAGGCAGUUCACCGGGUUUUCCUGACAAGAAACUGGAAACGAGUUUGUUCCGGGAACGGGUCAGCGAAGAUUGAGAAACCGUUUCUGCCCUUGUCCCUGCCCUGCGUGUCUCCAGGUCAGGAGGCCCUGCUGGCUGAGGCUUCCGCGCGGUCGCUUUGCUGGCGCGACGGGCUCUUCUGUUCGGGGCCCCCUCUGCACUCAGGUCCUCUGGGCUGCGGGUCCCCGCGGCUCUUCCCCGUUGCCGGCACGUGGCUCAGACCUCCGUGGCUCAGCCUCGGCACGAGCGGUCCCUAACCUCUCCCCUCUCCCAGCAGCCGCGAACGCAGAGAAAACCACAGCAGAGGCAGGCCCGCGAAGCGCCCCCAGGCCAGCGGCGUUUGUCGCCAUUUGGUUUCUCCACGAGGCUGGAUGGGGGAGCCGAACACUGGGGCUCUUGUCACAGUGGCUCCUGGGGCCGUGUCCCUUUGAGAAGUGCAGCCAAGCCUGGCAAGAGACUGUGGGGCCACGGGGUCCUGGCGCUGCUCCUGGGAAAAGCCCACAGGAGCCUCAGGAAGAUGCUGCUUGGGGCCCGUCCAUCCUGGCCACUGCUGCGUCCAUGGCAGCGGGUGGUUGGGGGCACCUUCUCCUGGGCACCCCCGGCCCGCAGCACAGCUGGCUGAAAUAAAGACCAGCACCGGGCAGGCACACACACCCGCCUCCCUGUGCCCAAAGGGCACGCUGGCCGUCCCUAAAGCCGGGGAUGGUCCCUUGUCUGUGCAGCGGGGCUUGGGGCCCGCGCUCCCAUCCGGCAUGGCCCCUCCCUCGCCCCAUGGCGAGGCCUCAACCCACGGCUGGCGGUGGCCUUGCCAGCAGCUUCUUCCGAGGCGCUGAGACUUCCCGGCGCGUUAGGUCGGAGCUGGGCUGCAGGCUUUGAGUUGCUUGUAGGACAGUCUCACUGCGGUCUCCGGUUUCUACCUCGGCAAUCCCAACCGCCGGCCAGGCCUCUCCGCUCCGUGGUGCGGAAGGCAGGGAAACUGAGGACCGAGUGCUGGAGGAAGGGCAGGCAGGCGGGACAUGGGACGCCCAGGCUGGACCCUUGUGAGGGUCCAGAGGCAAGGGGACAUCGUGGGGAACGUGUCUGAAGGCAACUCUGAACGUGACCAGUGUUUCGCAACAAGUGGAUCCCAAACCAGACCUCCUCCCAGAUCCCGUCAGGCUCCACGCUGGGGGCACCCACCGUCUGAGGCGAUGGGGCUCUGCCUCCUGCCAUUAACCCCUGGGUGCCCCCUGUCGCAGCCAUGACACAGCACGGACACUGGAAUCCAGCAGGACCUUGGCCCCCACAGAGCGCACGCCCCAUGAGCAGAGGGAUGAGGGUCCCCGUGGCUCAGCCUGUACAGGGAACAGACCCCCCUCCCACUGGGCCUCCUCAGCCUCCCCCACCCCGGAGGCCAUCUCCGGUGCCAGAGUGCGGUUCUCCAGGCAAAACAGCUUCCCCAGGACCACCCUGGGAGGCUGGGGUGUAAGCAAGGGAAACCACACAUCUUCCUGCCCCCGGGGACCCCCGCCGUGACGCCUUCCCCAGAGCGCGAGCCCCCUUCUUAGCGGAAGGCACCGGUGCUGGAGGCUGGUGGAGCCGAGCUACUCGCCUGUGACCAGUGUUUCCAGACGCGCUCCUGACUGUCCUAACAGCACCUUCCCGCCGGGCUUGGGAACGGGCCCCUUGGCGGUCCGCCCUGUCCCACGGCAGGGGGGCCCGGCUGGCCGCGCAGGGACUACAUUCUCCCCUGCCCACCCCCAAGGCCUCUUCCGACGGCACCUUUCCCCAGAGCCUGGAAGACGCAGCGGCCCCUCUGUCAGGAAGGAGGGGCGGGUGGCAAGGACUCCAUCACGAGGCCUCAGUGGUCACCAUUCCCUCAGCUUAAAGUCACGUGCUAAACGUGUCGCUGCAUGCGUGUGGUCCGCACCCAGACACGUGCACACGCACGCGCUCCUCCAUCAGGGCCUGAACACUGAGAACACACAGGCAGGUGUGUGUCUUUGCUGCAUGUUUUGUGCGAUGCCAGUUAGCUUCUACUAACCGUGGUUACCCAGAAAUCCAGCGCCUGAGUGUGAGCGGCAGGAGACGGGACGCGUCCUGCAGGGAGGGCGGGCUGACGGCGUGCGAGCGGCGGGGAGAACUGGGCGAGGGUGCUGAACGCCGGCCACGCGACGACGCUCACUUAUUUCUGUCUAACGUGAUAGGGGCAGCUAGGCAGCGGUCAGUAAGUCGGCUCUACCAAUGAAGUUCAAAUCGUGUAAGUGUAGGGUGUUACAGCAGCAGAUCUGUAUUUAUACUGGAGUACUUUUACCCCUCUAACGUCCCCAGUGCUACGUUAGCAGAUGUGAGAAGCUGGGGAACGGUGCGCGCAGGCGGUUCGCUGGCACCACUUCCUGUCAGUGUUGCUCUGCCUCCGCGUCCCCAUGCUCAGAGCUCAGGACAGGUCAUGGGCGUCCCUCUGGCUGCUCGGCGGACAGGGCCUGUGGCAGCAGGCACAGGCUCACGCCCCCACCCCAGGCUGUUGCUGUGAAUGGUUUCCCGGCGCCCAGCCGUGCCCGUGUGCCCAGUCAGGCGUGUGUACGGCUGCUUUCGCGCUACAUCGAGUGGCGGUGGUAGGAGGGGACACCUAAAGGUUUCCCCAUCUGGCCCUCUAUGGGAAAAGCGUGUGCUGGGGACCCAGCCCAGCUCUCUUCAUACACAGGCUGGCCGCUACCCCUCCUGCAGCGCAUGCCACGUGGGACACCGUCGUCACCUGCCCCGUGCAGGCCAGGAUGACAAUUCAGCUGUACUGUGAAGCUACCGAUAGGCUAGAAUGUCCUUAAAACACUGAUCCUGAAUAGCUCCCCUCCACUGAUUUACUACUGAACACUGUGGAGCCUGGCAGUUCAGGGUGGGGCCUCUGUCGCUGGGCAUGUGGAGGGCAUGGUCCCAGGCGGGCCGGACAGUGGUCACCCUGAGCUUUGAGAUGCUUUUUCUCUCCCUUUAGACUCUUGAAAACCCAAACCAAGCCAAACAACAAAGGAAACCCGCACAACUUAAAAGAAACUUGAAAGGGAUCGUAUACUACUAGUUUGUACCGAGGUUUUUUUCAGGAAAGGGAAAUAAAUUUAUAUAUAUAUGCAAUAUAUUUUUACACUGUUUUGUUACCAUUAGGGAGUCCUGAGUGUAUCACUUUAUCAGUGUGAUGGUAAAGUAGCGUUGACGUCUUGGGUGUUCUCAGAAAGGCACGUCUGCUGGCAUCUAGAAGCUGCACUCACCAGGGACAUGUAUGGGAUCGGGGUGGCCUUCUUCUCCCUCCCCAGAGCGUGAGGCACGGUGUCACCAGUCAGAGCUGCUGUCAAGGCCUGGCUUGCAAACCUGUAGUGAAACAGCUCGUGUCUGUCUGCAUUUUGCUCCUCCUGUGUUUGCUGUUAACAUUGUGUGUCAAAUUGGUAAAGUGAUAAAUAAAGGUGUUGAAAUGUG